GAUCUCAAAACACCAAAGUACAUGAUGAAGCAUUUAUGAAACUCACCAUUCUUUUACGAUGGGACCUAUUUAGCCCUAUCAGGUAAUUCUCAUGAUACUACUACGAUAAAGUAAUUACAACCGAUUUGUGAAGGCCUUUGACCGACUCUUCUCAAAGUUACCAUCACGUUCCUGCAUCUUCAUUCAAAUGUCUUGAACGUCGAUUGAUUGUUAUACAACCCUUCUUUGGUGCGGCUGAAUCCUCUCCAGCCUUGCUACCUCCUUCUUAACUAUCUACCCACCCUACACGACAACAUAAAUCGACACCCUUUACAUCUAUCAGUCGGCCUCGUGGACAAUUUAUCAACAUGUUCGCACCACAGUGGCCGAGUAGGAAGCGCGAGAGAGACGAUGAAGAGGAACUAAGUACUUCAGGCUUUGGUGCUCACAGAAAUAAACGUCAUCAUCUAGCGAACCUACCGCAUCGAACCUCACCACAUGCCAAACGUCAGAUUGCACCCGCUUUUGCACUCAAUCAUUACAUACCAGCACCUCCCACAAUCACCCCUGCACACUCGGAGUUGGAGAGAACUCCUACUAUUGCAGAGCCGUUGAAUUCUCACUAUUCAUGGACUUCAUCGCCGUUAACAACGGGUACACAACCGCAUGACGACGAACAAAUGAACAACAGCGAAACCUCAUUUUCAAGUCAAAUGUCGGAAGGGCCAACUUAUUCGGAUGAUUUCGACAUGACCGAUGGUGGUAUGCAUCUAGUUCCUGGCCCGUUCCAGUCAGAUUCUUCUAUUACCUUGGCCAACCGAAUUCCUACCCCAAUUCACAGUUCCUUCUCCGCCUAUCCCCGACUUGAUAAACCGCUUCACCCCAUUCUCUCCGAACCAAACAUCACCGAUGAUGCGUUCAUCGAUCGCUUUCGUCGCGGUCGACGCCUACCUAGCCCCAUUAGCGAAGGCGAGAUGAGCCCUAGUGACAUUGUCAACGGAAUUAACGAUAUGCAAAUGGAAGUUGAACCCUCUUUCCCCUCUCCUGAAUUUGAGAAAGAAAUUCCGACUCCUCACAAGAAAGGCCAUACUCGUUCAAAACAUAGCUUGCGGAACUGGAAUGGAUCCACUGGGGAGCUCAUGGGAAAUUUAGACGGUGUGGGGACAAAGAAGAGCUUCAGUAUGGGGUACAGGGCGGAUUGUGACAAGUGUCGGAAUAAAGUUCCGGGACACUUUAGUCACAUUAUUACGUAUUGAUUAAUGGGUUAUGCUAAUGCAGGUACGAAAUUUGGAAUGAACUAGGUUAGGGAUGGAUGGAGAUAUGGAAUAGGCCAUGGAAAUAUUGAUACACUUGGGUGAAUGAAGUGAGGCCAUCACACUAUGAUCAGCUGCCAGCUAUUCAGCAAGGCGUUUAGGGGUUGUAUCCAAGCAAUUUACCAACAGAGGUAAACAUUGCUAAUAUUAUUAAUGAACAUAUGUUAAUCA